CAGGGGACGCUACUAGACCGCCCACCCCUCCACGCCCCCCACCGCCCACAAAGGCGGCUUGCUCCCUCCCACCGGUCCUUCUCCUCCCCUUCUUCACUCCCUCCCUCGGAGCCCAGUUGCUCAAGACUCUUCCUUCCCCACCGCCAGCGCCAGUUCCUCUCCCCGUGGGGCCCUUGGAAGGCCAACGAACGCUAGCCAUCGGAGCCACCCAGGCGGCAGCCGCAAGAUCAUGGCCCAGCCCCAAGGAGACGCGAACCCGCUGCCCAAGGCCUCGGACGAGCCAGUCAAGUUGAAGGCGCCCAGCACCCUGCAGAUCGGCUCCAACAGAACCGACAUCUGUAGCCUUGGCAGGUACAAGGGCCAAGCCGUCGCAGACAGUGCCACCCUAUCCCGGGAGCCGAUCUUCCACAGCACCCUGAUGGUGACUGGGGCGAGCGGGACGCGCCGGCGGGGGGCGCUGCGGGAGCUCACGGGGCUGCAGGGGGCGGCUCCCUCCGGGUGGCUGUCGGAGGAGUGCUUGGAGCCAGCUGCGCCUGGGUCCCGCCGUUCCAGUGGACAGGGCAGCAGCCGAGUGUGCCUAGAGCCACGGGAGCACGCGUGGAUUCUGGCAGCCGCCGAGGGCCGUUUUGAGGUGCUGCUGGAGUUGCUGGAGGUUGAACCCAGUUUGCUGUUGCGGGACGACCCGAUCACUGGCUACAGCGUGCUGCACUGGCUGGCAAAGCACGGGCUCCACGAGGAGCUCAUUCUGUUGCAUGAUUUUGCCCAGCGCCAGGGACUGCCAUUUGAUGUGAGCGCCCCGGGCAGCGGUGGCCUCACACCGCUCCACCUGGCGGCUCUGCAGGGCCACGAUAUGGUCAUCAAGGUGCUGGUGGGAGCUCUGGGGGCUGACCCCACUCGUCGCGAUCACAGUGGCCACCGGCCUUGUCACUAUCUGCGACCUGGUACUUCUCAGAGCCUACGGGAGCUAUCUGGCGCAGAAGAAUGGGAGAUGGAACGCGACAAAGAGCGCGAUAACGCCAACAACAACAGCAGCAGCACUACUGGAUGGUCGCUGAGACGAACCCCAAGUGCAUUGCGCCAAAAGUCCAUGGGAACACGCUACAAAGUGUCAGCUCAGCCCGCCAAAGAGAAGGCAUCAGGCAACCAGGGAAGACAAGGCAAUGGCCUUCUGCGCCAUCUGUUCCCCUUCAUCCAGGACCGUUGAAGGUGACGUGUACUAUCUAGAAAGCCCAUUGUUGUUCCUAACCCUACCCAAGUAGAUGCUCCUCUGAUGCAGCUUGGGCCUGUACAGGGCAGAUCACGUCUGGCCCCCCAGUGCUAUGCCAGGUCUCCCGCCACUGGCUAACUGUCAGAAGAAUCGAUAGAGAAGGAGAGCCAAGAACCAGGCUGGCCUUGAUGCGCAGCUCCAAUGUUACAAGAUCGUAAUCUUCCUUGGAAGAGAGAAGGAAUGUUACACGUCUAGUAGCCGUUUCUAGUUUAAUAGAAAAUAUUAAAAAGUAAUUUAAGACUAUAAACCACUGAUGCAGAGCAAAUGCCUAACACCUGCCUGCCUGGAUCUGCUGUUAGCAAAUCUCCCAGGGCUGUUAGCAUUAGCCUCUGGCAACCUGCUCCUAAGACUAGUCAGGCCUUACCUGCUCCUGGCCUAAUGUAUCCUGAAUGAGUCCUUAAGUACAUUAAAGUGGAAUUUUCUUCCUUUCCACACAACAAA